AUGCAACUUACCUGGAAAGAUAUCCCAACUGUCCCUGAGGCUAAUGACCUUUUGGAUAUUGUUCUAAAUAGAACUCAAAGAAAAACUCCAACUGUUAUUAGACCUGGUUUCAAAAUCACUCGUAUUAGAGCUUUCUAUAUGAGAAAAGUUAAAUUUACUGCUGAAGGUUUUGAUGAAAAAUUCCAAGAUUUAAUCAGUGGAUUCCCAAAAAUUGAUGAUGUUCAUCCUUUCCAUAGAGAUUUAAUGGAUACUUUAUAUGAAAAAAAUCAUUAUAAAGUUUCUUUAGCUGCCGUUUCAAGAUCUAAAACUUUAAUUGAACAAGUUGCAAGAGAUUAUAUCAGAUUGUUAAAAUUUGGUCAAUCUUUAUUCCAAUGUAAACAAUUGAAAAGAGCUGCUUUAGGUAGAAUGGCUACAAUUGUUAAAAAAUUAAAAGAUCCUUUAACUUAUUUAGAACAAGUUCGUCAACAUUUAGGUCGUUUACCUUCAAUUGAUCCAAACACAAGAACUUUAUUGAUCUGUGGUUAUCCAAAUGUUGGUAAAUCUUCAUUUUUACGUUGUAUUACAAAAGCUGAUGUGGAAGUUCAACCUUAUGCAUUCACAACAAAAUCUUUAUACGUUGGUCAUUUUGAUUAUAAAUAUUUAAGAUUCCAAGCUAUUGAUACUCCAGGUAUCUUGGAUAGACCAACUGAAGAAAUGAAUAACAUUGAAAUGCAAUCUAUUUAUGCUAUUGCUCAUUUAAGAUCAACUGUUUUAUAUUUCAUGGAUAUUUCAGAACAAUGUGGGUUUUCAAUUGAAGCUCAAGUCAAAUUAUUCCAUUCAAUCAAACCAUUAUUUGCAAAUAAAUCAGUCUUGGUUGUUAUAAAUAAAACUGAUAUCAUUAGACCUGAAGAUUUAGAUCAAGAACGUCAAGAUUUGAUUCAAACUUUAACCCAAGUCCCAGGUGUGGAAAUCAUGACAACUUCAUGUCAUGAAGAAGAUAAUGUUUUCCAAGUUAGAAACAAGGCUUGUGAAAAAUUAUUAACUUCAAGAAUUGAACAAAAAUUAAAAGGUACUGCUCGUGUUAAUAACGUUUUAAAUAAAAUCCAUGUUUCAAGACCAACUCCAAGAGAUGAAUUGAAAAGAGAUGCUUUUAUUCCAGAAGGUGUUGCUAAAUUAACUAAAUAUGAUAUUGAAGAUCCAAAUAGACGUGUUUUACAUCGUGAUAUUGAAGCUGAAAAUGGUGGUGCAGGUGUUUAUAACAUUAAUUUAAAAGAUGCUUAUUUAUUAGAGGAUGAAGAAUGGAAAAAUGACAAGAUGCCUGAAAUUUUGGAUGGUAAAAAUGUUUAUGAUUUCUUGGAUGCUGAUAUUGCAGCAAAAUUACAAGCUUUAGAAGAAGAGGAGGAAAAAUUAGAAAAUGAAGGAUUUUAUGAUAGUGAUUCUGAAAUUGAAGAUGAAGAAGUUGAAGAUAUUCAAGAAAAAGCUCAAUGGAUUAGAGAUAAACAACAAAAAAUGAUAAAUGCUGCUAGAAAUAGAAAAGCUUUGAAAAAUGGUGGUACUAUGCCUCGUUCUAAAUUGACCAAGAAUUAUUCAGAAUUAGAAGAACAUUUACAAUCUUUGGGUCAUGAUACUUCAAUUCUUAACUCUAAAAAGAAUAAAAAAUUGGGUGAUCGUUCAUAUCAAGAAACUGGUGCUGAAGUUUUACAACAAGAAUUCCAAGAUUUUGCUGAUUAUAAAAAACAACCAGCUUAUAAAUCUGAUCGUUUGAAUGAUGGUGUUAGUGAUGGUGCUCUUAGAUCCAAAGCUGAUAGAUUGGCCAAGAUCCAAAGAAGAGAACGUAAUAGACAAGCUAGACAAGGUGAAGCUGAUCGUCAUGCUACUGCCUCUUUACCAAAACAUUUAUUCUCUGGUAAACGUGGUGUUGGUAAGACUGAUCGUCGUUAA